GCAUGCGCGCGCCAGCUAACUGGACUGUGAUUUUCCUCAGCCGACGAGGUUACUUCAGUUCAUCCGCCGGGAGGUGUCCCUCGUGAACCCGGAAGCGGAGGUUGUUGUGCAAAAGAGGCUGCCGGAGGUGCGUAUCCAAGACAGGCAGCCUAGUGUAUAAAAGAAGGGCAUCUUUGCAGUUCAAGAAUAGUACCUCCUAGUCAAGCAUUUGGAAGGAAGUCAAUGCUUGGAGCUGCUGAAGGUGAAAAGACUUGUAUUUCAAAAAGAUGUUCAACUUCUUCCGAAAAAACCAAGAUACCAAGAAGGUAUUGGUGACAGAAAAAGAAGCAGAUGGAUUUGUUUUUCUCGGCAAUACUGUGAAUGAAGAAAGCAAUGAGUCUUCAGGACCUGAGGGUGACCAGACUACACAGACAAAUUCAGAGAAUCAACCAAAGUUGACUGAGGUGGGGACAGAGAAAAAUCAGAACAUGGAAAGCCAAUCUUCUAUGUUGGAACUUCUCAGUGAUGUACCUUUCACCCUUGCGCCACAUGUCCUGGCAGCGCAAGACGCAUGCAAUGACUUCCCCCGACCGUUGCUCUCCUAUGAUGUCAAUGACAACCUAACAAGAUUUUGGUAUGAUUUUACGCUUGAAAAUUCUGUGCUGUGUGAAUCGUAGUUGUUGAAUCACUCAAUUUAAGCAUGUACCUUGGUCACUUGAUGUAAAAUACUGAGGUGUCAUGUGCUACGUAGCUCAACUACUUUGUGACACAAUCUGAGUCAUUGUCUGGUUAAGCAUUGACAUUUUCCAUCCUCUGUGAUGUCCCUACUCUGCCAAAGCUGGCAAUUCCGUUAUAAUCUAUAGCUUGAACUCCUCCAGCAGAGUUUUCUUUUAAAUCCAGAUAAACUGUCCACGUGUUUACAUUAGUUCAGGGCUUACAUAUUACAAGAGCACUUUGAUUUAAUAAAUGGGUAAGAAGUACAUGAUAGUGAAUAAACUGGCUCAUUUUGGGAGAACAGCCUUUAAGUUCUCUAAUGUUAGGCACAACUUUGUAGAAAUGUUGAACAGUGCCAGAUUCUAUUUUACCCCUUUUAUGAAAUACAGAAUUGUCUGCAUGCACAGCUCAGAAUGGGUUGCUGGUGUAGUUUUUGGGGUUUUCAUACUAUAUUUCCUUGGGACUCAGCAGUUUUUCAUUUGCUGUUUGUUUUCAUCAGCACAUAUGUUUCUGGUUUAUAUCUUGAUCAGCUUUUCCAUUGCAAACCUCUCUACCCACUAGAGAGUGAAAUCUGGGUAUGUGUUUUUGCACGCACGCACACGCACACACACACACACACACACACACACACACACAAGUUUACCACUGAUCCUAUAAUUUAUAUGGGUCAAAUGUAAAAUUGAUGGGUUGAAGUAUUGGAAAA